AGAGAAGUACUGCGGUCCGCCAAACACCUUUUUCCAGAAGAUUUUCCUAUCCUGUGUAAAAACGUCCCCUCCAGCCCAGAGUUGUCAUGCAGAUUUGCCAUGACAGGAGCAUUUGUGAUGCGCAACCCCAUGACAGGCGUUUUCAAUAGUGUUUGGGAAUUUGUAAUGCUGUAAACAGGAAGAUAAGCAGAUCGAUUUGUAAUGCGGCUUUCCUUGCUAUCUUUCACUACCUUAACCUUACGGACUGCAACUUGUCAUGCGUCACCUCCAAAACUCCUAGGUUUCUGUUGCAAAAUCCCCAUCUUGACUCUGGGGUAGGGACGUUUUUACUUCGGAUAUUUCCGCGAGGUGAUCCAUCCGGCCAAGGGGGAAGGCGCGCUGUCUUGCCCACCCGACGUACGAACUGCAAAAGCAUCGCACUUCUAGUAGUAAUUGCCUAAUACAAAUUACCUCAGCAUGACAAAUGGAAUUUGUGAUGCUGUUUUAGCUUGGGAUGGUGGAGAUUUGUAAUGCAUAACUGCAACUACUACGAGUGCGAUACUUUUGCACAGGAUACGCCGAGUUAGAGAGCAACACCGCGCCCCUUGGGCCUGGCACCGGAUCGACUUACCACCUGUAUCGUAAUUGGACAGCCUGUAUGAAGUGCAAAACAAGCAUCGUACCUGUAUAAAUUGCAAUACAAAUUGGCUCAGCAUUACAAAUUGAAUUUGUAACGCGGAUUUGCCUUGAAACAAAGAUUUGUAAAUGCAUAAAAGCAAUUAAUAGUACGAGUGCGAUACAACUUUUGCACAGGACAGCCUGCGCUGCCGUGCCGGAGUGCCCGGUGGACUGUAUCAAAUGUCAAAAUGUCUGGGUCCUCUGGAAGAUUGCCAGGUUUGUCAUGCACGUGGUGCAUGACGUGUGAGGUCUGUGAUGCGUGCCCUAGCAUCACAGAUUUUGUGAGAUCUUUACCAUGCCUUUUCCGCAUGAGAAAAUGCCUCUCGGCCUUCUCAAAAGUGAACAGCUUUAUUGGUAAUCAUGCUGCGUGAUUCCCUGGGUCUUACAGUUGCAUGAUGCAACACAGAUUUUUGUAUGAUUCAGAUUUAGCAUGACAAGUUGUACUCUUCCAGACCCAGACACUUUUGCAAUGCAUAGACUGUAAGACUUCGGCGUGGAGGACGGAUGAAACUGCGGACGACUGCUUUUAUGGAUUGUAAAAAUGUCUGGGUCUGGAAACUUGUGAUGCAUGUCAGUGAACGGAAAGCGCCUUGUAAUGCACCGCCAAGCAUGACAGAUUUUCUCGUGGCUCUCUGUUGCGUAUUCCGCAUGAGAAACAUCGUUUUUGCAUGACAGACAAGAGGAGGUCUUCGUGGCCACGCAAUACAGAGUUCAGAGUCAUGCCAAACUAGCAUGAGAAAUCUCGAAAUCUUCCAGACCCAGACAUUUUUGCAAUCCAUAGUUUUAACAACAAAACCAAUUUGCCCGACAACUCUCUCGUGGACGGUACCUACCCUGUGUAAAAACUUUUCCAACUAUAUGCAAGAAAAAAACUAUGUGAGUGUAAAUCUGUGAUGCAGAAAGUGCAAAACUGUUACACUUGUCAUGCUGGAUCUGCGUCAUACGCUACUUUCAUACGUGUUUCCACGUACUAGCUGCGCAUGACAGAUUUUCCCUGUAAUGCAAAGGUAAUUUGUGAUGCUGCUUUUCCUACACAGUUACACUUACACAGUUUUUUUCCUGGAUAAACUACCCAUAGUUCUUGCCAUGCAAAUCUGCAUUGGAGGUGAAAAUGUCUCUCACGCGGAGCCCCAUGACACGCAUUUUCUACUGCUGUUUGAAGUUUGUGAUUUACCUACAAUCAGCAUGAGAAACAAGAUUGGUGAUGCUGCUGCGCUAGCUCAAGAUCGCGAUUACAUUUUUGCGAACCCAGCAAAUUUGUCAUGCGCAACAGCCAAAGCUUGCUAAUUUGUCUUGCAGAUUUCCCAACUUGUUGACUCUGGGGUCGGGCCGACGUUUUUACAUAUGAUUACACGCCCUGUCUCAAGGACGGGGAGCGGUACUACAGAAGAAAGGUCCGCGACGUGGAUAUCCUGUGUAAAAACGUCCCCACCCCAGAGUUGUCAUGCAAAUGUGCAAUGACAGGAACAUUUGUAAUGCGCAUCUCCUUGAGAGGCAUUUCCAGUUGUGUUUUGGAAUUUGUAAUGCUGUAAUCAGGAUGAGCAAAUGGCUUUUUCAUGCGGCUUUCGUUGCGAACCAGCACUACACUGCAGAUGGAAACUUGUCAUGCAGAACUCCCAAAGCUUGGAGAUUUGUGUUGCAGAUUUCCCAUCUUGACUAUGGUGUGGGGACGUUUUUACAUAGGAUAGUGGAAACGCCAAUGCUUCAUGGUGGGAAGGAGUGCCCGAGUGGGUGGUGCAAGGCCGGGGAACUGGAG